AACAAACUCUGUGGGUGGGUCAUCAAGCAUGAAGUCCUGAACUGAACAUGCUGCUCAGUUCUGCAGUUCUGCAGUCCUGUGUGCACAGCAGGAGGAAUGGCACCAGCUGUGGCCCAGCUUCUCUUCCUCCAGCUUGUUCUAGGGCCCACUCUGGUCAUGGCUGUCCAGCUGGAGAUUGCUGUCCAGAACUUCCGCACCUUAAACAUGGACUAUCCCAAGGYGAAAUUCCCGGAUGAUUUCAAGGGCUACUGUAAUGGUUUUAUGUCCUACGUGCGGGGCAGAAAGGAACAAUGGUAUUGYCCUGAGACACAUUACGUGUUGCACACCCCCUGGAAAACCAUCUGGAAGUCCUGCAAGAAUAGUGAGAGCUUCUGUGAGAACUACAAUGAGUACUGCACACUCACCACGAAGCCCUUCCCCAUCACAAUCUGCAGAGUGAACAAGAGACAGCCGCCCACCAGCUGCCGCUACUCAAGCACUGAAACCAACCGACAGCUCUACCUGCUCUGCUCCAGCAAGUAUGAAGGCCAACCGAUAGGUAUCCUUGGCCUCUACAAGAGAACUUAAAAUUGACAAUUUCUUCCCUUCCAAACCUACCUGGUGGGUAUCUCUAGCUAUAGRAACCUCCCUGAGACCUUUAGACCCACUUUAGCCUCAUUUCCCUACAAUCCUCCUCAGUCUCUGUUCUGCACCUCUSGGAAAUCCUUGAUAUUUCCCUUUAUAUAACCUGCCCUUUCCUUUCUCCUCCUCAUGAGUCCAGAGCUAUCUCUCCCAGCACUCCCACUGCUGUUAACCUGCCUUUCUUCUCAUCUAGGGCCACUGGGAUUUCAAGUUAUCUUCUCUCAUCCAUUCCUUUAUUUUCAGUAGCUCCCAACAUUGUCCAAACUCCAGGGUCUGCUGCUAAUAAAGCAUGAGGUGGAUGAGGUGGGCCUGGUUCUGGCCAUGUAAAGUUUUAAAACCACAUUCUGAGUUAAGAUAGAACCAUUGGGGAAAACUGGGUGUAGGGUACAUAAGACCUCAUUAUACCAAUUUUUGCAACUUCUUGU